GGGGGAGCGUAGGCAGAGGGAGAGCGAGAGGUUGCUAUGAUCUCAUUGAGCGAAAGGGUUAUCAACGGCACACAGAAAGCACCAGGAAACCUCAGGCCAACUACGCUACCCAAUACACAGCAGUCUUAUCACGAGGUCUAGGCCCGUCAGGUUGUAAGUUCCGAUUCUCCAUAGAUUAGACGAGACAGAUGAGAAAGUAAAAAUUUUCCCGGUGUCUUGAGGUGCUUAUCUGCAUUCAAUUUACAACCCUUUACAACCGUUUGCAGUAGGGCCACAGAUAAUUAGUCAGAACUGCUUGAUGUAACUUUUGAUGCAGAGAUGACGUUCCGACUCCUUUCAGUCUUUCAUUGGCAUUUCCUGUUUUGUGGUAUAUAAAGCGUUGGUCAUUUCCACCGGAAGAUGUCUUUUGUUCUGUGCUGUUGACUUGUUCAAGAGGCUAUAACUACUACUUUGAAUACUACCACAACCAAGAUGACACUGAGAAUCAACACAACGCCGAUCGAGCUCACCUCGCCAGAGGCGUACAACGAGUUCGUCAAGUCGCCACUGUGCAACGACUGCGCCACUGUCUUCCCAGAUAACAGCGAUCAAGGCUAUAUCUUGGAUUCAAACAACGAGAUCGUUGCCACCGUUGCAGGCGAAGUGAAGGACUCUUUUUACAACGCUGUUCCGACGUAUGGCGGAGUGACCGCUGAUGCUCCGCUGAAGAGCACGGUUUGAACGUGCACCGAGACGUUUACUCCUUGCACAUUUGUUUGUCCUUCUCAUGGAGGCGGGAGUUCCCCGCCAUGAAUAUUCUUUUUUUGACUCCCUUGAUGAUAAUGAUUCCUUUACGCUCGCUUGCAUUGUUCCUCUCAUGAUCCUACACGUUGCUCUCAUCUUAUCCGAUGCCCCAUGGCGUUGACUUCGACGGCCGUGGCGAUGAACAACUUUUUCCCCCAUUUUCUGGCUCUUUU